UUUUUUUCAAACUCGGCGGCGGCUCUGAGCGGGCGGUCGGUGGCGGAUAACGUUCACAAUCAUGGCGGCGGUGGCGGAGGCUGCGGACAAGUCGGAACAAGAAAGCGAAGCGGAGGAAGAUGUCUACGAGGUGGAGAGGAUAGUGGACAUGAAGGUUUCCGAGGGUCAAGUCUUGUACAGAGUUCACUGGAAAGGCUAUUCUUCUGAAGAUGACACUUGGGAACCCGAGGCUCACCUGGAGGACUGCACAGAGGUGUUGCAAGUGUUCAAAAGAAAACUGACAGAAAAAUCACCUGUGAAAGACAAUCGGAAGCUUACCUUAGACAAAGAUAUUUUUGAAGAUGAGUCUGCUGAUGAUUAUGGAGGAGCAAAAGAAAUUUCCCCACAGAAGACUAAAAAGAAGAAAAAAUCUAAAACUGAGCAGGACAUGAAACAUGACAGCCCUAAAAUAGAAAAAAGAGCUAAACCCAACAGAUCAAAUAGUGAAGAACAGAGAGACAACUCAGCAGAAUAUGUGAGAGAGACCUCUGAAGAUGGUAAAGUAAAGAAAAGGAGUUCAACUGAAUCUAAGAAACUGAAGAAAAAACAUGUUGAUUCACAGAGGUCUUUACUGGAACCAGUCACACAAGUUGACUUGCUACCUGAAUCUCUAAGCCCUGGUGAAAGCAAAGAAUGGAAAAAUGUGAAUUCUAGUGAUCCAACAUUUGAGAAAACAGCUAAGGGAUUAGCAAGACAUGACAUGAUUGCAACACCAAAAAGAUCUCUGGUUAGCUCAGAUGAAGAUGACCAUGAGCUUAAGAUAAAGAAAAAGAAAAAGAAGAGGGACAAAGUAGAUAAUUCCAAGCAAGAGAUGAAGUUACAGAAACAGAAGAAGAAUCAGAAAGAUGAUUAUUCGGAGAAGAAAAACAUAAAUAAGGAGAAUAACAGUCAUAACAAGAAACACAAAAGUCAUGAGAAGCGUAAGGAGUAUGUGUCAUCUGUAAAAUCGGAUGGAACUGAAAUUAAGGUUCCAAAAUUUCAGAUGGAGACCAAAGGCAGAAAGUCAGGAGAUGGUGAAAACAGUGCCAUUCCUAAACCUGAUUCUGUGAAAAACUUAACGAUAAAAUUGAGCAAAAUACAUAAUGUGACUGACAGUUCCCCCCCUUCUGGAACUGAGAAGGUGGUUCAAGGUUCUGAAUCUAGUGUAACAACUUCGGGACAACCACCCCAAUUCGCUGAGCCGAGUAUCUUUGACAAGUUAAGAUUGGAUUCUGAAGUUAAAGAAAAUGUGAAGACAGACAAACCAAACUACACUGCAACAAAUAAUGAGGAGAAACUGGAAGCAGUUAAAACCCCAACCCAAUCUGUUUCCCGAGAGAAGUUUGGAAAGAAAGGUGAAACACCCAGAGAAGUGACUGAUAAGUUGGAUAUGGACAAAGGGCGAAAGGAACAAAGUGUGGACCGCAACAAUCGAGAGAUAAAGGGCCUUUUCGACAAAUUCUUGAUUCCCUUCUCUGAUGCAAGUGAUGAUGGGGACAGGGAAAAUAAAGAAGACACAGUUUCCCUUGAUUCUAAAUUUGAGGAUAACCGAACCAAAGGGAAGAAGCAGGUACAAAAAGAUAAAAGCACAAAAGAGGAGAAUGACUCCAGACUGCAGAAUGCAAUUGAAGAAACUCAAGAGGUUCUCGAUACAAUAUCUCAGACUGAGGAGAAUACAGAUGGAAAACAGGAAAUGUUAAAGUUGGGUGUGGACCUACAACUUGAUUGGAUGACAUUGGAAGAUUUUCAAAAACAUUUGGAUGGAAACGAUGACUUGAUUUCUACACCAAAGAUAAUAUCCAAUAGUGUGUUGCGAGAUGCAGUAAAAAGUGGGAACUAUUUGACUGUAAAACUGGCUCUAAAUUCGGGUCAAGAAUAUAAUUUGGAUCAAGAGGACCCUAGUGGAAUGAAUUUGGUCAUGUUUGCAGCUGCUGGAGGACAAGAUGACAUCCUUAGAUUGCUAAUCAAGAAAGGAGCAAAAAUCAGUUCCAGGCAGAAGAAUGGCACCACUGCAUUGAUGCAUGCAGCUGAGAAGAAUUAUCUUACAACAGUGGCAAUUCUACUGGAGGCAGGUUCCCAAGUCAAUGUUCAACAGAUCAGCGGAGAAACUGCAUUAAUGAAGGCUUGUAAGAGAGGAAAUGCUGAUAUUGUAAGACUUCUGCUAGAAUAUGGUGCAGACUGUGGCAUCCUGUCUAAACACCAGAACAAUGCUCUAUACUAUGCUAAACAGAGCAAUAACGUACUAGUAUAUGAUCUGCUAAAGAAUCACGUGGAAACUAUAUCCAGAGUAACAGAUGAAACAAUCAGGGAUUACUUUGAAGCACGUCUGUCAUUGCUGGAACCUGUAUUUCCUGUAGCUUGUCACAGACUUUGUGAAGGACCAGACUUUGCUUUGGACUUCAACUAUAAACCUCAGCACAGUUCAGUUGAAGGAACUGGGAUUCUUCUCUUCAUCUUUCAUGCAAACUUUUAUAGCCAUGACCACAUAGUGGCUAAACUUUGUGGAUCCUGCAGUGUUCAGGCUGUUAUUCUAAAUGAUAAAUUUCAGCUUCCUGUAUUUUUGGAUAGUCAUUUUAUUUAUUCCUUCAGUCCAGUGCCUGGCACUAAUAAAUUAUUUAUUAGACUUGCUGAAGCACCUACUGCCAAGGUAAAGCUGCUUAUUUGUGCAUAUAGAGUCCAACUCCAGUGAAUAUAUGCCCACAAUGCAGUUUUUCUACCUGUGGGUUAAUCAUAAUUAUGGACAGAUGUGAGCAUUGUUUUCACCUACAGCUCCUCCUGGAUAGUUGGGACUUUAUGCCGAAAUGCCUCUGCCUGACAAUUGUUAUAAACAUCUUCAGAAAAUAUAUUGCUAUUGAAAGUUUUACAAACUAGUUACUGUAUUGUUUUUAAAGUUGUCUUUUUGUAGGUAACAGUCAAUGUUGUGAAGCGAUAGCUGGUGCAGUGUCAUUUGCCUAUGUAAAUCCUGACUGUAUAUACAGACUUUCCACAAUGUGGAAUGGAGUGGAAAUAUGCUCCAGAUUGAAUAUUUAUGAAAGGUACAUACAAACAAGUUGAUACCUUUUUUCUCUAUCAGGCUACUGCACCUCUUUAACUAGGUACUGAAGCUGGUUUGAGAUUGGUUCAUUAUUUUACUUGGCUCAUGUCACUUGCCAUUGUGAGAUGGAGGAUGAAUAGAUUGAUCUGCUUUGAAAGCUUCACUGUUAUCUGAAGUACAGUAGAAACACCAAUGUGAGCCCAUAAACUAUCUCUUUACCAUAGCACAUUUGUUCACUGGUGGUUCCACCUUUACUAGUUUUAGUAUUUCUUAUGAUUUUUUUGUAUUUAUGAAUCUGUAUAGUGUAUCAUGGUACAGAACUGCAUUUUAAACUUUAAAUAUUCUGUCAUUCCUUUUAAAAGUCAAUACAUAGACCUUAACAAAUGAAUCUGACAACACGUUUUUCAUCUUGUGUGACAUGUUCUGUUGAAUUCAGUUAGGAAUCAUUUAUUCAUUUUAUUUGUGUUCUUUACAAACAAGUGUUGUAAAUCCAUGUUGGCAUUGUUAGAAUGGCCUUUGAUAAAAGCUGUUACAAUG